AUGACAAAGCGUAUUCCUACUGCUCCCCGCCGACCCAACCUAUGCAUGAAUGCUGUUCUUAAUAGCACAAUUGCAGGUGUUGUUGCUCCAAUUGAUACACCAACUCCAGAAGUAGCAGUUAACACAGCCCCUGAAGUUCAAGUCGCUGUGACCCCAAUGGAUCACGUCCUUACCUUGUUGGCAGCCAACAAUGUGUCGAUGCAAUCCUUGCAAGAAAAUGCAAAAGGAGUGACUGACGCAAUAACUCAUUUGAAGAAUGGCCUGGAUUUGUCCAACAAGACAAAUGAAUUUUUGAAGAACUCGGUCCUUCAGCUCAUGACUGAAAAUGCUGAAAUAAAAAAGGCAAUGACCAGCCAAAAUUCCGUGAUGCCUUCUGCU